AUGGAAGGAAUUAAGACAAAUAUUGUCGCCAUUAAGGAACAAUCUAGCGCUUCACAACGCCAGAUAAAGAGGAAGAAGAUUAAGCCUGCAGAGAGCUUCUCUCCAUCGCUUGUAGACCUUAAGUUAAGCCACAAUAGGCAAAUUCCGUGGGGCACGCUAUAUAGCGAGUUGUCAAAAAGUCAUAAGGUGAUGGAAAUCGCCUGGAAAGAUGCAACAAUAGUCUUGUUCCUGUCUACUGUGCAUAACGGGAAGGAUUACAUUGCUAAGCUACGGAAACAACCUACAAAAACAGCUACAGGAUAUCAUCAAACGGUGAAGAUGUUCGGUAAAGAGGCGCAGGCGUGGCUUAAUAUUCCAGUGAUGAUCGAUGAGUAUAACCUCUGGAUGUGCGGCGUGGACGUGGCAGACCAGAUGCGCAGCUAUUAUAAUACAAAUCGUGUCCACAGAAAGACAUGGAAGCCAUUGUGGAGUUUCCUGUUGGAUACGGUUGUGGGCAAUAGCUACAUGCUCUCAUCAUACAGGCCCGAGCCGGGCUCAGGCGAGCGCGCAUCACGCCAAGAUACUCAUCUACAAUUCUGUCGAGACCUACGAGACAAGCUCCUACAUGCAUCUAUUCGCUAUCGCCAGCAAGAUUCUAUGCAGAGAGCGAAGGGGCCUAUGGAUCUUGUUUGGAGACCGGUCAAUGAGCAUCAGCAUGUUAAAAUGUUCACAAAACAACCCACCUGCGCCGGCUGCUCAGCUAAGCACCGCGCAACUUCAAAGCCUCAUCUUGGCGCUCGAAAAGCUCUUGCUGAGCUAUCUGUCAAUACAACACAGAAGAAGCGAGAGGAUAGCAGGGGGUGGAAACGCCGUGAAAGGCCGCCAAGAACGAAUUAG